AUGCGAGAUGCGAAAGCUCUGGGUAUUAUCCAGAAUGCAGUCUCAGAUCAAAUAUUCCCUCGAAUUGCCAAUGCUGAUACAGCGAAGAUGGCAUGGGAUCUGCUAUAUGGUGAAUAUCACGGUGGUGAUCAGGUACGAUCAGUUAAACUCCAAAAUCUUCGACGUGAAUUCGAGUAUACUAGAAUGCGUGAUGAUGAAACGUUAUCUGGGUAUCUUACACGGUUGAAUGAACUGAUUAACCAAAUGAAGACGUUUGGUGAGAAUACGAAGUGUAUAGACGAGGUUGAUUUACAGGAGGUUCUGGCAAUUCUUAAGAGCCAGGAACAACGCUUUGAUAUGCACACUGUUGAUGCUACUGAUAAGGCUUUUGGCUCUUUUUCUGUGAGUUCAAAAGGUCAGCAACAGAGGGGUAAUUCUCAGUCAAGUGGAUCUAAGAAAAACUGGAAUGAAAAGGGCAAGAAGUGGGAUUCAAAGCCUCAGUCCCAUCAAAGGUUUGGGCAUUGGGCUAGAGAAUGCACAGCAGGCAAGGUUGUUCAAAAGGCAAACUGUGCUAAUCAAGCAGAAGUGACAGGCAAUCUAUUCUAUGCUAAUAGUGCAAUUACUGAGGUCAAGGUGAAUGGGAACUGGUACAUUGAUAGUGGUUGUAGCAACCACAUGACUGGAAAUGCUGAGCUUCUUAUGGAUGUAAGGACAAAUGUUACUGGAAAAGUAUAA